GGAAAGCAAGUGAUUUAGGGUUUAAGGAAGAAUGCUGGCGAGAAUCGCUUGCAGCGGGCCAAGCAUCCCAAUGUCGAUGGCGCCGGCCACACCAGCGGCGGGAUGCGGUUUCAUCCGGAAGCACUUGCUGGAUUUGGCGCCUUACAAGCCGAUCGAGCCGUUCGAGGUGCUGUCUGCCAAGCUUGGAAGGUCUCCAAAAGAGAUCGUGAAGCUGGAUGCCAACGAGAACCUCUACGGGCCUCCACCAGAAGUGAUGGAAUCCUUGGGAGGAAUGGACUUUCCAAACAUUUAUCCAGAUCCAGAGAGCAGGCGGCUUCGAGCAGCUCUUUCAGAAGACUCGGGACUGUCUAUGGAUUACAUUCUUGCUGGCUGCGGUGCCGACGAGCUCAUCGAUUUGAUCAUGCGUUGUACAUUGGAAGUUGGUGACAAGAUUGUGGAUUGUCCUCCCACUUUCACAAUGUAUGCGUUUGAUGCCGCUGUCAACGGAGCAAGCGUCAUCAAAGUUCCGAGGUUUCAUGACUUCCGCAUCGAUGUUCCUGGUAUCGUGCAGGCAGUGAAGGAGCACUCUCCAAAGCUGAUCUUUUUGACAUCGCCAAACAAUCCAGACGGGAGUUUAAUAACCGAUGAGGAUCUCAUGGCCGUUCUUGCUCUACCACUUCUCGUUGUUCUGGAUGAAGCAUAUAUUGAAUUUGCAGACCAACCUUCCCGGAUGAAAUGGGUUCAGGACUACGACAACCUCAUCAUUCUUCGGACUUUUAGCAAGCGUGCCGGACUGGCUGGAUUGCGCGUUGGAUAUGGUGCCUUUCCAUUGAAUCUCAUCCAGUACUUAUGGAGAGCAAAACAACCGUAUAACGUGUCCGCCGCGGCAGAAGUAGCUGCCUGUGCUGCUCUAAAAAAUUCCUCUUACCUCGAGGAGGUGAAGAGAUCUCUGAUACAGGAGAGAGACAGGCUGUUUGAGCUCCUCCAGACAGUGCAAUACUUGUCACCAUAUCCAAGCUGCUCCAAUUUUAUUCUUUGUUCCGUCUCUGGCAACCGCAGCGCCAAGGAGCUCAAGGAUGGAUUAGCAAAAAUGGGAGUGAUGGUUCGCCAUUAUGAUAACGCGGAGCUCAGGAACUACAUCCGAAUCUCGGUUGGAAAGCCAGAGCACACGGACGUUCUCAUGAAUGCUCUGAAAGCAUUUGCUUAAUAUUUUUGUGACCUCCAAAACACUCAUAUCAUGGAGUGUAAGAGGUUAAUGUUCUCUUGAUUUUUGUUAAAUUUAUAGACUUUUAAUUACAUUGG